AUGGAAAAGGUUGGCGAGGCUAAUGGUAUGACUCGCUGUGAACAACUUAUGCUCCUGUUGCUACGAGCUCCCUUCUACUAUACCCUCAAAUUAUUGCAGUCCAUCGCUGUGGAGAAGCCAAGAGGGCGGGAGCUGGAAUUAGCCAGUCACAUCACAUCCACAGUCAAGAGCGGAAAGGAUGCUUGUAUUCGCAUCCGCUCCGCUGCUCUUGGGGUGGGGGAGGACGUCGAGGUGGCCGCCUGCUUCCCUGAGGCACGGGACACACGUGGCACGAGCGAGGGGGUCGGCGUCGGGAGCUGGCGGCUGUCCUGUGGACUUCUCACUUCCCCUCCCCAACCGCCGCGCGUGCAGGUGCCACGCGGAGUCCCGCAGGCGGGGCAGACCCUGUGGACACGCCCCCGUGCGAGUCCCAGCUGCCCGGCAGGAGGAAGCGCCAGAGUCGCCACUGUCCUGAGCACAGCUGGGCGCCACUCCUGCUCCACGCCAGCAACGUCGCCCACCGCCGCUGCGGACGCCGGAUACCGUGCUCCCGCGCCAGCCGGGGAUGCGAGCUGCUCCCGCGACGGCAUGGCAGCCUCAGGGUGGGGCUGGGGAUGCGACAUCCUCAUCUUCUACAGCCCAGAUGCCGAGGAAUGGUGCCAGUACCUACAGGAGCUUUUCGUGUCCUGCCGGCAGGUCCGUAGCCAGAAGAUUCAGACAUACCGGCUGGUCCCGGAUGCCUGCUUCACCUCCCAGGACCUGUCGGUCUUCAGGGAUGCACGAUGCGUGCUGGUGCUACUGUCUGCGGGGCUGGUGGGAUGCUUCGGCCAGCCAGGACUGCUGCCCGUGCUCCAGCGUGCCUGCCACCCGCCGCAGCGCGUGGUGCGUCUGCUGUGCGGAGUGCAGCCCAACGAUGAGGACUUCCAGGCCUUCUUUCCCGACUGGGCCCACUGGCAGGAACUGACCUGUGAUGACGAACCGGAGACCUAUCUGGCGGCGGUGAGGAAGGCCAUUUCUGAAGAUUCCGGCUGUGACUCAGUAACCGACACGGAGCCCGAGGACGAGAGAGCUCUUCCUUUCUCAAAGCAUACAGACCUGCCUCUGGAGACAUCGCCUGGGAACCUGAUGGUGGUACAGCCGGACCGCAUUCGUUGUGGGGCAGAAACCACUGUGUAUGUCAUUGUGAGAUGCAAGCUGGACGAGAAGGUGUCAACAGAAGUCGAGUUUUCUCCUGAGGAUUCUCCCUCCGUCCGGGUGGAAGGCACACUGGAAAAUGAGUACACGGUCUCGGUGAAAGCACCAGACCUCUCGUCGGGGAAUGUUUCUCUGAAGGUCUAUUCUGGGGACCUGGUGGUCUGUGAAUCCACCAUCAGCUAUUACACCGACAUGGAGGAAAUUGGGAACUUACUCUCCAGUGCUGCAAAUCCCGUGGAGUUUAUGUGUCAGGCCUUUAAAAUCGUGCCCUACAACACAGAGACUCUCGAUAAACUGCUCACGGAGUCCCUGAAGAACAACAUCCCUGCAAGUGGACUGCACCUCUUUGGGAUCAACCAACUGGAAGAAGACGAUAUGAUGACAAAUCAGAGGGAUGAGGAGCUGCCCACCCUGCUGCAUUUUGCUGCCAAGUACGGACUGAAGAACCUCACCGCCUUGCUGCUCACCUGCCCAGGGGCGCUCCAGGCAUACAGUGUGGCCAACAAGCAUGGCCACUACCCCAACACCAUUGCUGAGAAACACGGCUUCAGGGACCUGCGCCAGUUCAUCGACGAGUAUGUGGAGACCGUGGACAUGCUGAAGAGUCACAUUAAAGAGGAGUUGAUGCAGGGCGAGGAGGCUGACGAUGUGUAUGAGUCCAUGGCCCACCUGUCCACUGACCUGCUGAUGAAAUGCUCCCUCAACCCUGGCUGUGAUGACGAGCUCUAUGAGUCCAUGGCUGCCUUCGCCCCAGCAGCCACAGAAGACCUCUAUGUCGAAAUGCUUCAGGCCAGUGCAGGUAACCCUGUCUCUGGAGAAAGUUUCUCUCGGCCCACUAAGGACUCGAUGAUCCGCAAGUUUCUAGAAGGUAACAGUAUGAAGCUGGCCAGUUUGGAGAGAGAGCAGCACCCUCCCCACGGGGAAGACCUCUAUCACACUGUGGAGGAAGAUGAGACCUUCUCUGUGGACCUGGCCAACAGGCCCCCUGUCCCCGUGCCCAGGCCAGAGACCAGCACUCCUGGCCCUCACCCACUACCUGACAAUGAGCCAUACAUUUCUAAAGUUUUUGCAGAAAAAAGUCAGGAACGGGUCGGGAAUUUCUAUGUUUCUUCAGAGAGCAUCAGGAAAGAGCCGCUUGUGAGGCCAUGGAGGGACAGGCCCCCAUCGAGCAUCUACGACCCAUUUGCCGGGAUGAAGACGCCGGGCCAGCGGCAGCUCAUCACCCUGCAGGAGCAGGUGAAGCUGGGCAUCGUCAACGUGGACGAGGCUGUGCUGCACUUCAAAGAGUGGCAGCUCAAUCAGAAGAAGCGGUCCGAGUCCUUUCGCUUCCAGCAGGAAAACCUUAAAAGACUGAGAGACAGCAUCACCCGAAGACAGAGAGAGAAGCAGAAGUCAGGAAAGCAUGCAGACCUGGAGAUCACGGUUCCAAUCCGACAUUCGCAGCACCUGCCAGGGAAGGUGGAGUUCGGUGUUUAUGAGAGCGGGCCCCGGAAGAGCGUCUUCCCGGCCAGGACAGAGCUGAGACGCGGAGACUGGAAAACAGACAGCACAUCCAGCACAGCAAGCAGCACGAGUAACCGAUCGAGUACACGGAGCCUUCUCAGCGUGAGCAGUGGAAUGGAGGGCGACAAUGAGGACAAUGAAGUCCCUGAAAUUACCCGGAGUCGUGGCCCAGGUCCUACCCAGGUGGACGGAGCUCCAGUUGUAACCGGAACACCCGUCGGGACCCUUGAGAGGCCUCCUAGGGUGCCUCCUCGAGCUGCUUCACAGAGGCCUCUAACCCGGGAGCCCUUCCAUCAUCCUCCUCCGCCAGUUCCACCCAGAGGUCGCUGAUUCCACCUCCUAGAUCCGGCCUACUUCAGGACUUUUAAGACUAGCCAUUCUCAGCCUCUUGAUGAAGUCUUCAUAUUGAGUUUUCUGCAUGACUAUGGACCUGGAGACCCACUGUCACUGGUGAUGGUGUAGCCCUGCUGGUUUGGGUGAUCCUUGAAGACAUUAUUAAGGCAUGAUGAAACCUGAGACGAAGGCGACUUUGUUCAAUGUCACCAAAUAUAUUGGUUCACAUUCUUAUUUGCUGAAAGGAUGAAAAUACUCACCUCUCCUAUCCUAUAGAGGGAGCUUACCAAGACCGAUGGGCAUGUGCUUAACGAGUGAGCAUACUGUAGGAAACAUCUAUCAGCCUGUACAGACCUGGUAGUGCAGCCUAAUUUCUGGAAGUGAUUAUAGCCCUUCCAGCAGAGGUAAGAAGGGACCUAACUUUGAAGUAGUUCUUUCACAUUCUAUGUUUGUCCUGGGACUGGUCUGACAAGCUGAAAAGGGGGUUAAGCCAGACUCCUGCUCCACUGUGCCAUUUGGGGUCCCCCAGAAGUGUGAAACAGGUGGCUCUGUCAUCACCCUCUUUGAAUGUGUAUGUGUAUGGUGUGCACAUGCAGAUGUGUGUCUGUAUGUCUGUGGGCUUAUGUAUGCACCUCUGUGUGCAGACUAGAAGCAAUGUUGGAAGUCUCUGUCACUCUCUGUUCACUGAGGCAGAGCCAGCCUCUCGACUGAACUCAGAGAUGACUGGUACGAUUAGUCUAGCUUGUUCCAGGGAUCUCCUGGCUCCACUCUCCCGGUGCUGAAAUCACAGGCAGGUUGCCAUGCCCCCUCGACAUCUGUGGGAUACUUGGGAUCUGAAUACUGGUCCUCAUGCUUGGACAGCAAGCACUUUAUCUACUGAUCCAUCUCCCCAGCCCCUGUCAGCACACGUUGUGUCUUUAAGAAGCCCAAUCCCCUCCCUCUCAUAAGAAUUCUCCAAAUGUAGAAAUAGAGCCAUACCUCACUAUCAGCCUUCUUGACAUUACCCUCGUCUGUAUCUCCCAGGCAUGGGACUAUCAGCUACUGCCUUCACUUUGGGCUUUUGUACCUCAGAAUGCUGUCAAACUAGUUGUGUUAUAGGAAAUCACUGAAAAUGAUCAGAACCAGAAUAUAAUAUGGCCUUUAUAUGUCUUAGUUCUAGCUAUAAAGAAGGAGAAGGACCCUUAAUUAUUUUUCUCUCCUGAGGAUCUUGAAGAAGUGACAGAAAGAAGCUAAAAUAUUUUCUCCCCGUAACAAUAUACUGUUACUACAUACUGUUACAAUCAACCUGGUAAAUAUGUAGAGUACAGAACUGUAACCAUUUUAUGAAUGUUGAGUUCCUAUUAUAUAAAUCUACCUUCAAACCACAGAUCCUUAAUUUUAGCUAUGUACACAAUAAAGUUAUCAGAAGGGGUCCUUUUAGAAUACAAGUAAUGUCGUUGUUUCUCAUGAAACCUUUGUCCAAUCCCAUAUAGAUAUAUAUUAUUAUUGAUCUGUUCAAGUGUAUUCUUACUGGAUCCUUUUCUCAUAAUUAAAGGUUCUCCUUUCAAUCUCUUUCCAUGGUCCAACACUUCCUGGGUUUAACUUCUGGGGGACUCUUGAGUUGUUGUAUAAAACCUGCCAUUGAUCAUGUCCACCAUGGGAGAGUAUUUUCACAAAGUAUCUCACAGAGAACCUGGAACAUGGUAGCCAUUCUGGAAGUGUCCCUCAAUCCUCCUGUCACUUGUUUGGGAGACGUAAAAGAAUAUCACGUAGAAGAACAAAGAUGACAUCAGUGUGGUUGUCCUGUUCUUUAUCAUUCCCCAUUUUGAGAGUUUUGAUAAAAGAGUUGUAUCUCGUUAUCUUAAGCCCCUUUUGGCUACCAAACUUAGGCUAGUAUACAUAUUUUGGUGAACUUUGAUAAAUAACAACAUGGCUGUUUGUGCAAUGUUUGGAUAUAUUAUUAUGUUUUAUUCUUAUAUCGAAAUAAAUAGAAAACAAAAUUCAAA